CGCAUCGCCAGCCUGGGACGGAGAAAGGCGUGCUUUCCUGCUAGUGUUCCCUUUUUAAAAGCAAAGACAAAAUCUCCAAGCCAAGAAGAACAGGCUGAAAUAGGAUCUUGAAAAUGGAGCGUAAACUCAUCAGAAGAGAAAAAGAAAGGGAGUAUGAAGGCAGGCACAACAGCCUGGAAGAUGCUGAGCAAGGCAAGAACUGCAAAUCCACACUGAUGACCCUCAACGUUGGUGGAUAUUUAUACAUUACUCAAAAGCAAACCCUGACCAAGUACCCAGACACUUUCCUUGAAGGUAUUGUCAAUGGGAAAAUUCUCUGUCCUUUUGAUGCUGAUGGCCAUUACUUCAUAGACAGGGACGGGCUCCUCUUCAGGCAUGUCCUAAACUUCCUACGAAAUGGAGAACUUCUAUUGCCCGAAGGGUUUCGAGAAAAUCAACUUCUUGCUCAGGAAGCAGAAUUCUUCCAGCUCAAGGGGCUGGCAGAGGAAGUGAAAUCCAGGUGGGAAAAAGAGCAGCUGACACCUCGAGAGACUACUUUCUUGGAAAUAACAGAUAACCACGACCGUUCACAAGGACUGAGAAUCUUCUGUAAUGCUCCUGAUUUCAUAUCAAAAAUAAAAUCUCGCAUCGUCCUGGUGUCCAAAAGCAGGCUGGAUGGGUUUCCAGAAGAGUUUUCUGUGUCGUCAAAUAUCAUCCAAUUUAAAUACUUCAUCAAGUCUGAGAAUGGCACUCGACUCGUACUAAAGGAAGACAACACCUUUGUCUGCACCUUGGAAACUCUUAAGUUUGAAGCCAUAAUGAUGGCUUUAAAGUGUGGUUUUAGACUGCUGACCAGCCUGGACUGCUCCAAAGGGUCAAUUGUUCACAGUGAUGCACUUCAUUUUAUCAAGUAAUUACCUGUCUCACGAACAAAGGCAACAAGCAUGCAGCCAGCAAGCUUCAGAAGCCACAGAAUCAAAGGCGUCCCAAACAACGUGCCCAGCUAGCUUGUCCCAGAGCCCGGCUGCUAAUCAAGUACUGUGAGCUAACG